AUAUAGCAAGUGUUUCGGUUGGCCAGUGGGCCUAUGGGAGCGAUGUGUGUGGUGCAGAGGAGGCAGGGGAUGACUGCUGCCCCCCCUCACUUCUCCACUGAGCCCUCAGCAGAGUGGAUGGAGGACUGCAUGAGGGACUGUGCGCUGCAGUGAUUUGGAAACAAAAGGGCAAAUACGCACGGCAGCCAUGCGCACUGAGGACAUUUAGGCAGGUAAUUAUUUCAUGUUCAGCAAAGCUCUUUCGUGAGUUGCCGUUACUAGUGAUCUCAAGCCUGCUAUGGAGGACCUCUCGAGUCAAAAUGAGUCUGAGCACUGACAAUGUCACGAACUUGUGGCAAAAUGGUUCCUCGGAACUCGGCGGGAUUCCGAACGCUUCCAGCCUGGCCAACAGCUCCGGAGGGAACCACACGGAGGUGGACCUCGCGCGAGCCAUCCCGCUCGGCUUGGUGCUGGGGGCUUUCAUCGUGUUCGCCAUUGUGGGCAAUAUCCUCGUCAUCCUUUCGGUGGUGUGCAACAGGCACCUGCGGACACCGACAAACUACUUCAUCAUUAACCUGGCCAUCGCUGACCUUCUGCUCAGCACCACGGUGCUGCCGGUGUCCGCCACCCUGGAGAUCUUAGACUACUGGGUCUUCGGCAGGAUCCUCUGUGACAUUUGGGCAGCGGUGGACGUGCUGUGCUGCACCGCGUCCAUCAUGAGUCUGUGCGUAAUAUCCAUCGACCGCUACAUCGGGGUGAGCCACCCGCUCCAGUACCCGAGCAUCGUGACAGAGAAGCGGGCUCUGCUGGCCAUGCUCGGCGUGUGGGCGCUGUCGGUGGUCAUAUCCAUCGGUCCUUUGCUCGGGUGGAAGCAGCCGCCGUCGCCGGACGCCACCAUCUGCCUCAUUACCGAGGAGCCCUUUUACGCGCUCUUCUCCUCCCUCGGUUCCUUCUACAUCCCUCUCAUCGUCAUCCUGGUCAUGUACUGCCGGGUCUACAUAGUCGCCAAACGCACCACUAAGAACCUGGAAGCCGGUGUGCUGCGCGAGAGGAUGAACUCCGGUGAGCUGACCCUCAGGAUCCACAAGGGUUCACAGGUGAACGAGGAGCCCGGUGGUUCAGUCACCGGCAAGGGCCGCGCGCACCAAGCGAGGAGUUCCCUCACUGUGAAACUUCUGAAAUUCUCCCGGGAGAAGAAAGCGGCAAAAACGUUGGGAGUUGUGGUCGGCAUGUUUACGCUUUGUUGGCUGCCCUUCUUCCUGGCCUUACCCAUAGGGUCUUUUAAUUCGAACUUGCGCCCCCAUGACGUCGUCUUCAAAGUGAUCUUCUGGCUGGGGUACUUCAACAGCUGCCUGAACCCCAUCAUCUACCCCUGCUACAACCGCGAGUUCAAGCUGGCCUUCAUCCGCAUCCUGCGGUGCCAGUGUCACCAGCGGCAGCACCCCGGCUGGAGAGCGUACAACUACCGCUCCUCCAACCUCCGCUCCUCCGGACACUCGCGCAAAGGCUCCGCGGAUCACAACUCCAGCUUCUUGAACGGCAGCCAGCGCACGCUGCCCUCUUCGGCCAGCCCGAGCCCCAGCUACCUGAGCAAGGGCCUCCCGACCUGCCCCGAAGGGGAAACACUCUACAUCUGGGGGGGCACCACCCCAACUCCCUCCACACCCAACCUGCUGCCCGGCAACCCCAGAGACGGCCAGCAAGGAGCCGCGAGAGGGGAGGCGAGAGGAGGGAAACCGGCCGAGGAGACCGGCGGCGGUGUUUUCUCCUUCUCCUUUGGGAAGAACAGAGAUAAGGGAGGGAGCAACAUGGACGGCAGGGGGCCUGAUGACGUGGUGUGACUGCUGAGCGUCAGCGAUGGAGGUCGGAUGGGACAGGUGUGCUGCAUUCACUGUACGUUUGUUCAUCGGUGGAUUGUUGCUGUCGUUAGUGCUCAAUGUAAGGUGAUGGUAAUUGAGUAUCGUCUAUGCUGCUGUACCACAGGUAUUUAGUCCCAUGUAACUGUUGGAGAAAGUCACUGUUGGGACGGAAAGGCACCGGCGCAGGCAAUUUGAUGAAACAAAACUAAAUUUGAAUACUGUCUUUCUCAGUUGAAGCCCCACGUCUGCCCUGUAAAAGACCGACAAAGAGCCUGACUCACGUACAUUGUGUCUUAACACAAAUUAUCGACUUCCUGUUGCAGUCACUUGAUGACUUCAUGGUAUGUUUUUGAAAUAAAGUAUAACCUGAUUUAUCUUCUGCGCGCACAAUCAUGAUAUAAUUGUUUCAAUGUUUGAUGUUUAAAAGGUUAUGACUAUCGAUUUGAAAAAUGUGAGUGAUACAUGAAUAAACAGAGUGUUGAUCAAAUGUCA